ACGCCAACCACAAAACCCACCCUUCCCCCCCGCCCCACCUACGAUUGUUUACCCUCGGUCUCGGUCAUGACACAUAGUACAUACUGGUGUCGGUGAAUGUCCUAUUUUUAUUUGCAGACACAGAGACAGAAAGCACAAGAAGGAGCAAAGAGAACGCAGCAGGAGGUCUCAUCAGCAGCCAUGGCCGAAGCUACUAAUAAUAAAAAGCUUCAUGUUGUAAUGUUCCCAUGGCUGGCCUUCGGUCACAUCAUCCCCUACCUCCAGCUCGCCAAGCUCCUCGCCCAAAAGGGCCACCGCAUCUCCUUCGUUUCCACCCCAAGAAACAUUCAACGCCUCCCACCUCAUCCCUCCCCUCUCAUCACCUUCGUCGAAUUGCCCUUGCCCCACGACCACAAUCUCCCAGAAAAUGCAGAAUCCACCAUGGACGUCCCUCCCCACAAGGUCCCCCACCUCAAGACCGCCUUCGACGCUCUCCAGCGCCCCUUGUCUCUUUUUCUCGAAACAGCUGCUCCUGACUGGAUCAUUUACGACUUCGCCCCUCACUGGCUCCCCCCGAUCGCCGCUAAGCUUCGAAUUCCCCGUGCCUUCUUCAGCGCUUUCAACGCCUGGACGAUUACCUUCUUCGGGCCGCCGUCGACGCUCCUCAACGACGACGUUUCGCGUACGGAGCCUCGCCAUUUCACUGUUCCUCCCAAGUGGAUCACUUUCCCUUCUAAAAUAGUGUUCCGGCUCUACGAAAUCAAGAAGUUUUUCAGCCUUAUGGAAGGGAUUUCGUCCGACGUUUCCGAUACGUUUCGUUUGGAAUCGACGGCUGGUGGCGCCGACGCGUACCUCAUACGGGGCUGCGUGGAGCUCCAACGCCAUUGGCUGGACCUCCUUGCGGAGCUUUACCAGAAACCCGUGGUUCCAGUCGGCCUGAUGCCGCCCCAGGUGGAGGACAGCGGCGAAGGCACGUGGCCUGAAAUCAGCAGGUGGAUGGACAGACAAGUCGAAGGGUCGGUUGUCUACGUGGCAUUCGGGAGUGAGGGAGUACUGAGUCAGGAAGAACUCACCGAGUUGGCACUCGGGGUGGAGCUCUCCGGGUUGCCCUUCUUCUGGGCUCUGGCCGUGAGGAGGAGGACUGACCUGGGCGAGCCCGAGACGAUCGAGUUACCAGAGGGGUUUGAGGACCGAACCAAAGGUCGGGGAGUUGUUUGGACGAGUUGGGUGCCUCAACUCAGGAUACUGGGUCACAAAUCGGUGGGUGGCUUCCUGACUCACUGCGGGUCGAGCUCAAUUAUAGAGGGGCUCCAGUUUGGGCUUCCUCUCAUAAUGUUUCCCCUUUUCGGGGAGCAGUCACUAAACGCGAGGUGGGUGGAAGAGCUGGAGGCAGGCAUAGAGAUAGCAAGAGGCGAGGAAGAUGGGUCACUUACAGGGGAGUCGGUGGCCAAUACUCUAAAAAUGGUGAUUGAAGGAGAUGAGGGAAGGGCUUGCAGGGAAAGAGCAAGGGCAUUGAGGGAGAUAUUUGGGGACCAUGACCUACAAGCCAAGUACACAGAUCAGUUUGUAGGGUACCUUGAAGAACAUCGUCCUUCCUAGCUAGUCAAUUGAAUUGAACAAGCUAUUUGUCACCAUAGAUCACAGCUUUAGGAAGCUGCAGUGAACAUGUCAGUGUUCUAGCAUGUCAAAUGCAUUUAUUUUACUUGUGCUAUGGAGUGUGGUUUGUAGAUCCCAGACUCUAGCAGUUCCCACAAUGUCAUAAAUACAUUUCACUGCUGUCGUAAUGUUAAUCAAUGAGCUGUUCUAAUAAAGGUUCUUUUUCUAUCCAAAA